CUGUGCAUGUGGUUGGUCAAACUUUUUCGGGCGGCCCGAAGCUUUCGACAAGGGCUCGGGUCCAGCCCAGAACAGCAAUUUGGUACCUUCGUCUCCGGCGGUUUCUCUUGAUAAUUCCACUUAGAAAGCUCAUUCCCGGCAUAUGUCAGCAGAUUAGCACUGUAGCCUGUAGGUGCUCGAAGGCAGCUGCUACGCUACUCUCAGAGUCCAACAGCAAAACAAGGAAAUCCCUUGCCUAUUAAGGAAGUUGAUGGAAGAUCAAGAUUGGAAUGACAUUCACAAUUGUGUCAUCAAACUGAGAGUCAAUCCUCAAAGGCGAAGGGAGAAAGUUUACAUAGGCUGUGGGGCUGGGUUUGCAGGUGACAGGCCCUUGGCGGCACUUAAGUUGCUUCAGAGAGUUAAGGAGCUUAACUAUCUAGUGCUUGAAUGCCUAGCAGAGCGUACCCUUGCUGAUCGCUAUCAGAUUAUGGUGUCUGGGGGUGAUGGCUAUGAUUCUCGCAUUUCGGAUUGGAUGCAUUUGCUUCUUCCUUUGGCUGUGGAGAAAGGAACUUGCAUAAUAACCAACAUGGGUGCAAUGGAUCCGCGUGGUGCUCAGGAGAUUGUUCUAGAAACUGCAAGCAACCUGGGGCUUAGUGUUUCUGUUGCUGUAGCUCAUGAGGUUUCUUUCAAUAAAUCAGGUUCAGGAUCUCCAUCUAGGAACUCACAUAUUACUGAAGGUGGUGUUAGCACUUAUCUGGGAGCAGCUCCGAUAGUUGAAUGUCUGGAAAAGUAUCAACCAAAUGUUGUUAUCACUUCACGGAUUGCUGAUGCUGCCUUGUUUUUAGCACCAAUGGUUUAUGAACUGGGUUGGAACUGGGAUGAGUUAAAGGAGCUAGCUCAGGGAUCCUUGGCUGGGCAUCUCCUAGAGUGUGGUUGUCAACUCACAGGAGGAUACUUCAUGCAUCCAGGUGACAAAUAUCGAGACAUAUCUUGUUCUUCUCUUCUAGAUUUGUCGCUUCCUUAUGCAGAAAUAUGUUUUGAUGGACAAGUUUGUGUAGCAAAGGCAGACGGCAGUGGUGGGGUUUUAAAUUUUAGUACUUGUGCUCAACAGCUUCUUUAUGAGGUUGGAGAUCCAGGUGCUUAUAUCACGCCUGAUGUGGUAAUUGAUUUGCGGGAGGUUUCAUUUCACCCAUUGUCAAGUUGUCAAGUUCUGUGUGCUGGAGCAAAACCAUAUUUAGAAUCCAGGCCUGAUAAACUUUUGCGCUUGCUUCCAAAGGUUUGUGGUUGGAAAGGAUGGGGAGAGAUAUCCUAUGGAGGGUAUGGAUGUGUGAUGCGUGCUAAAGCUGCUGAAUAUCUAGUUAGAUCAUGGAUGGAAGAAGUAUGUCCUGGAGCUAGUUCUCAUGUUGUGUCAUAUGUUAUUGGACUUGAUAGCCUGAAGGCAAAUGGCAGUAACUAUGACAGCUCAUCUGGGAGCUCUAUUGAAGACAUAAGAUUAAGAAUGGAUGGGUUAUUUGAGUUGAAGGAGCAUGCAGUCCUAUUUACAAGAGAGUUCACUGCUUUAUAUACAAAUGGACCAGCUGGUGGUGGUGGUAUCAGCACUGGGUAUAAGAAAGAGAUACUUCUCGAAAGACAGUUGAUUGGACGCGAACAUGUUUUCUGGUGGACUGGAGUAAAGAAUGCCAAAGGAAUGGAGUCAGACAAAGAAGAAAUUAGCCAUGGGAAUGUGGUGAACAAACACAUUCUGAAUGAAGCUUUAGCGUCACCAUAUACGAAGGCAAACGUGGAUGAUUCUCGUGUAGAGCAUUCUUCACCUGUACGUGCAAUGUCUCCUGCUCCGCCUGGCCAUAAGAUUCCACUUUAUGCUGUAGCACAUAGCAGGGCUGGAGACAAAGGAAAUGACUUGAAUUUUUCAAUCAUCCCACACUUUCUUCCAGAUAUUGAAAGAUUGAAGAUGGUAGUGACACCUGAAUGGGUAAAGGGAGUUGUCUCUACUCUUGUGAACAAUUCAUCGUUUCCCAACUCAGAAGCUAUCCUGAAGAGAGACAAAUGGGUCAAUGAACAUGUAAAUGUGGAAAUUUAUGAAGUGAGGGGAAUCCACUCAUUGAAUGUUGUAGUCCGGAACAUUCUUGACGGUGGUGUCAACUGCUCUCGGAGGAUUGACCGGCAUGGAAAGACCAUCUCAGACGUUAUACUGUGCCAGCAGGUCGUUUUGCCUCCAUAAGGAGCGUUCAAUAGCUUCGCCGUUGCUUGCUCUUAUCUGGUAAACGCACUAUAAAAGUGUAACCUUGCUGUUAACUUUUCAAUGGUAGAAUGAAUUUGUAUUUUCGGGGUAAAAAAAAAAAAGUACUCUAAUUUUAAUAAUAAUUUAUGGGAAAGAGGAUAUAAAAGCAGACUAGUUAGUUUUGUUAGA